AUGAAUAACUCAUCUUACAUAACCUACUUGAAUGCUACGAAGGUCUUUCUCAGCACUGAACCAACCAUUGAUUCCAUGAUCAGCUAUGCAAACCGCCUACAAAUAGAUACAAUAAAUGAUCAAAUUUGCUUGCAUACAUCCAAACCAACGAAUAUCAUGACAGACUGGGGUGCCAAUAUGUUUCUCCCUGAGGAAUAUAGUCAUUUCGUCUGUGGUCAAUCAAGUGCUGAUGGAUCGUGCUUGUAUAAUUCUGCCUCAAUCAUUCUAUGCGGCGAUGAAUCAUUACGCCUAGUACUGCGUGCAGGUACUGUGUCAGAAUUAAUGAAGUAUGCUAAAUACUACCUCCAACUCGAAUUGUUCCAAAAAGAUUGGGCAUGGUCUGAUAAAGCAAUGAUGACAUCUUUCCAAAGUGAAGGCGUAUAUGUCAAGGCUGGAUAUUAUAAAGCUGAA